UCCUUUACAACAUUGAAAAAAAAAAAUGUUAUAUAACUAACCUGACCUGACCCGACCUCUUAUUUCACCAAAGGUCAACUACACGUCACUCGUUCACGUGAUUCCUCCCGUGAAGCAAGAGUGGACAGCGAACGUUUCCUGCCCUUGCUUUGCCAUAAAUCUCGGGUUUAAUGUGACCAUCGACCUGCCGUCCUUACCGUACCCGCCCUGGACGGCCAACAUCACCAUCACGUAUGACUAUGGGACCCUGCAGCCUGCAACGUUCCUGGACUUUGGCACUGUGUCCGGACUGGGAGUGGCACAGGCUCUCACUUGGGACUUCCACCUGGUGUCCCUCGAGCCUGGCAACCACUCGCUUACUUUCUUCAUGGAGAACGAAGUGUCCAAUACCACCUUUACGACGUGGGUGCUUCUGGAGGAGGGCCUGGCCAACAUCUCGUGUACAAUGGGGUGGGACUUCGAAGGCACGAUCCUCCCGGGCCUCGGAGACGCAGGGAACUCUUUCCUGUCCAACGAGACGAUCGUCUUCACGUUCUGCAUACAAGUGGCGCCUGACUUUGUUACCGUCGGGAGAAGUUGUCUACGAGACCAGCCUCGGGAAUGAAACUCUACAGCACAUGUAUACGGAGAACGUGACAAAGAUCGUGACAGCCUCGUUCCUGGUGCUGCCGCCGCUGUCCUGCCUGAUGGUUGACCUCGGCGACAACUCCUCGCAAGUCACCUUCGGAUACGAGUCGAUGUGCAAGGAAAGAUACCCAGACUCUAUUUACAAGGAUAUAUUCAGCAAUCCUCUCGAUAUUGAACACGUAUACAGGCACUUGCGGGCCUUCGCCGUGCGCUCAGCGUCCCUUGACUCUCCCCCCCCCAGCGACGAAGGCAUCUACAAGGUGCGGGGCAUCGCGUGGGACCCCCGCGUCACCCUCACCAUGGAGCUGCAGGUGGUGAUCGCCGACGUCCCCUGCAUGAUGCCCGUGGUCUCCGUCGUCGACAAGGUGCAGUUCCCGCAGUCGGCGCCGGACGUCUGGCGCUCCAUGGCCUUCCAGCGCUCCACCGUCGCCACGAUCAACUGCACGCGGACGGUGCCUGUGCUUCGGUGGUGGACGGUGACGAAGGUGGACAAGUGGACAGGCGAUCCACUCAAAGAUGUCUUGGUGGAGAACGUGAUCUCGUCUUGGAACUAUUCUCAGAUCAACAUACCGGGUCUCUUCCUGGAGAUCGGUGUUUACAAACUCACGUACUAUUUAACCCUCGAGUGCUCCAAGAUCUUCCCUCUCACUAGGAGCGACUUCACCCACGUCGAGAUCAUCGCUUCCCCGUUACAAGCAGUUAUCAUCAAGGGAUCAGUAAGCGCCAUUAGCCGCGGAACGCUUCAGUUCGCGUUGCUCGACCCUGGAGCGCUGUCCGUUGAUCCCGACGCCCCCACGAACAAGAACUUCAACAUAACGUGGUGGUGUCGCCAAGUUAGUCCGACGGAAGAAAUACACGAAUUGGGUGGAAAUGGCUACCCAGUGGAAUACAAUGAACAAGAGGUUCCUGCACCUUGGGAUGCGUAUGGGAAGGGGGGUGGAGGGUGCUUCGCCAAGGGCAUCAACCUGAAGAUGGCAACGUUUUCGCACCCAGAAACGAUCUACGAGGUAAUGGUCAGGGUUGCCAAAGACACGAGGGUUGCUCACGCUGCAGUGGCUAUCGAGGUGCGUGGACCCGAGUGCCUGCGUGCCCUACCAAGAUGGCGUCCUCAUCAACCCGUCGAACAGGCUGGCACUGCUAGGAGAGUGCCUUGA